CAACUUUUAUACGUACAACGUAAAAAUCCCGUGUACAAUAACAGUUUAGUAGUAGGUAGUUGUCUUUGCAACAAUGAACGUUGUAAGUACUUUCGUUUUCUCAUGCCUGAUUUUAAUGAUAAACGCUCACAUUUAUGACGACCGUGGAACGCUUAUCUACGAAGACUUGUCAUGUAAACCAAUAAAGCAACGUCCGUCCGAUCCGCUUCCAGCAAGCUACGAUUGUGAUGAGGCGUUCAGCAAACCUUGCUACUACAAAGGCAAAAAUUAUAAUUUGAACAAACCCGUGGAAUGGCAACAGUCGCUUACCGCCUGCAGUAGCAGUUGCAGAUGCAAAGAGAAUGGGUUCCUGUGUGCGGAUUUAAGGUGUCCAGAAAUCGGGCUGGUCACCUUAACGUCACCGGAUUGCUUUCACAUUUAUUCGAUUAAUGAGUGCUGUAACGUGGGGCAAGUGUGUCCACCAUUUGAGAAUCUUCCCACUUGCGUAGUUGAUGGAAAGACGUACAUGAAAGGGCAAAAGUUUUUCCCAAACAAUACUGUCCUCCAUUGCGUUUGCGAUGAAAACUUUAAUGGCAAAUACGAAGCGCCACACUGUCGAAAAAUCAAUUGCGGUAUAAAACUGAAGUACGCGGAGGAAAUUGGCAAACGCUGUGCUCCAUUUUAUGAUGAUAGAGCGGAGAAGAAGUGCCCUUCUUCUUGGAUAUGUCCCUCCGAUGAUAUGAAAGACAGCGUUAUAUCUGUUUCUAAUAAAUUGGGGAACGAAUUAGCUUGCUCAUAUGGAGACAGAAAAAUACCUUUUCAAGAUUUCUUUGAGAGAAAGUCUACUAACUUUCUUCAUCCACCUAAAACCAUGAUACGCUGUACAUGUUCGGUACCUCCUCUUCUAACAUGCGCUAUAAUGAAUUAGUAAUCGCGUCAAUAAUUUAAUUGAGACGUUUCUCUUUCUCUGAGCUGUACAGUAGCGGAGAUAAUUACAACCAGUUAACAUAGGAAAAUAUAAUGUUAAUAACAAAUAAUUGAUAGAUUCUUAAAACAAGCAAAUAAAAAGAUCCUCUCGUAAUGACAA